AUGUCCUCGCGCGAUCCGAUGUGGUAUUGCCAUGAAUGCCAUGCAGAAAUGAGAGCCCUCAUGGCCCCUCAACCCACUUGCGCCUCGUGUCAUGGCACUUUCGUCGAGAUCAUGGAGAAUCCGGCCGACGAUCCUCGCGAAUUCAGUGCUCAUCACCCGGAGGACGAUGCUGGACCAGGAGGUUCACCAGAUGAAAUAUUACUUUCCCUUCAAACUCUGUUGUCUCGGGGCUUUGCCGAACGGCGGCGGCAACAGCCAAGCUCGAGUGGCUUCACAUUUCAAGUGCGCUCUGGCGGCGGAGCCCGAACAUUUACAUUCGGGGGACCAAACACACUGGGUGCUCGACCUGGGGCCCCUGGCGGCGACCAGGAGCCUCCAACAAUGACUGAGUACCUCCGGAGAGAUCCAGGCGCCGCCAACGACGGCCCCACUAUCACUGGACCUUUGAUGGCACAAUAUCUGAUGGCACUGCUCGGUCAUCGUAACCCAUCUCUGUUCGGGAUGGACGGCGAGUCUAUGGAACGCGGCCAGUACGGAGACUAUGUAUUCAGUCAAGAAGCUCUCGAUCAAGUAAUAACUCAAAUAAUGGAGAAUUCCAACUCUAAUCGACCAGUCCCUGCCCCUGACGACAAGAUACAGGAGCUACCUCGGGUUGUCCUAGAGGAAGGAUCUCCCCUUUUAGAAAAGGACUGUGCCGUAUGCAAGGAUCAAUUCAAGCUAGGAACCGAGGAUCCCGACGAACAAGUAGUCAUAACCCUCCCAUGUAAACAUCCCUUCCACGAGCCAUGCAUAACACCGUGGUUAAAGUCCAGUGGAACCUGCCCGGUUUGCAGAUUCGCUUUAGUCCCACAACCAGAGCAUCAUAGCCCUGGAGAGGGCUCAAGUACAGGAAACAACAGACCGUCUCCUUCACCGCCUAGGUCUACAGGCGGCGGCAGUCAACCCCCAAAUCUCUUCCAGACACUCUACAAUAUAAUGGGCAGCAGCUCGAACUCCAGUGGAAGCAGCAGCGGAAGUGGCAACGGAAACCAACAGCGACGGCGCAGCUCGUCGACGCCUCAGCCGUCUAGACCAACUGGCGAUCGUGAUCAUAUACCUGGAGAGUGGCACGAAGAUCUCGAUUAA